GGACAGAAGAGGAGAUUUGGACUAUCUGAGCUGUGGAUUUACUGAAAUACUACGAUCAAACCAGCACUGGCUUCACAAACCGAAGGAUAACUUUAUAAGAACUGUGAGUAAAAGUGACAGUGAAAGUAACUUUCAAAAAGCUUUAGUUUAUAGAACUGAAUUUUUGACACAGAAUGGCUACUCAGUCAGAAAUGGCCUGUUCCUGUCCAAUUUGUUUGGAGAUCUUCAAAGAUCCUGUGGUGUUGUCAUGCAGCCACAGCUUCUGCAAGGACUGUUUGCACAACUGGUGGGCAGAGCAACCACUUCAUGUGUGUCCAGUUUGUAAAAGAAGAUCUUCCAGAGACGAUCCACCCUGCAACCUAGUGCUGAAGAAUGUAUGUGAAGCUUUAAUACAUGAGUUGACACUAAAGGACAAGCCUUCUGCACAGACUGAGACCCUCUGCAGUCAGCACUCGGAGAAACUGAGGCUCUUCUGUCUGGAUCAUCAGCACCCGGUGUGUCUGGUUUGUCGAGAUUCCAGAACACACAAAAAACAUACAUUCAAACCCAUCAACGAAGCUGCACAGGAUUACAAAGACUUUGUCAAGAAAUCCCUUGAACCUUUACAGGAGAAACUGCAGCGCUUGAAUCAAGUUAAAGUUGAAUGGGAUCAGACGGCUGAGUACAUUUCUGUCCAGGCUAAACACACAGAGAAGCAGAUUAACGAAGAGUUUGAGAAAAUGAAGGAGUUUCUGCUGAAGGAAGAACGGGCCAGGAUUGAUGCCCUGAGGAAUGAAGCACAACAGAAGAGCAACAUGAUGCAGCAGAGGAUUGAAGCUUUGAGUGUAGAAAUGGCGGCUCUGUCAGACACAAUCCAAGCCACAGAGAAGGAGCUGAGAAGUGAAGAUGUCUUGUUCCUGCAGAACUACAAAGCUUCAGUCAGACGAGUCCAGGAGCUCCACCCCACUGUGGAUCCAGAACUGCCCUCUGGAACUCUGAUAGACGUGGCCAAACAUGUGGGCAACCUGAGCUUCAACAUCUGGAACAAGAUGAAGCAGAUCGUCUCCUACACGCCUGUGAUUCUGGAUCCAAACACUGCCUCUUCCAAACUUCUCCUGUCUGAUGAUCUGAGGAGAGUGAAAUGUGAGGAACUGGACAAUGUGACGGUGUUUCUCAAAAACCCAGAGAGGUUUCAAUACUAUGUUACAGUGCUGGGAUCUGAAGGGUUCACCUCAGGGACACACAGCUGGGUGGUUAAGAUUGGGGGCAAUCUGGAAUGGUCAGUGGGAGUGAUCAGAGAGUCUACCCUGAGGAAGGGGGAGAUUAGUAAUGGAUACUGGGGAUUUUGGUUCAAGGAUGGUAAAUACAGAGCAUACUCUCCACCAUCUAUUGACAGGGUUCUGUCUUUAAACAAGCCUCUCCAGAGGAUCAGGGUGCAUCUGGACAUGAACAGGAAAAAACUGUCAUUCUCAGAUCCAGACACUGACACAAAUAUCUUCACUUUCACACAUGCGUUCACUGAGAAGGUGUUUCCCUUCUUUAGCAUGGCACAUCUAAUGCAACUGAAAAUAUCCCCCAUGAAUAUUACUGCACAGCUGGAGAUGUAGAGGGUUAUAAAGAUGACAUGAGGCAAACCUGUUCAUAUUUCUAACUGAACCUCACAUCAUACAAAUAAAAUACAAUGAAUGUUAAAUCAUUCUAGCUCCAAAUAAAGUAGACUUUACAAACAGCACUUUGCUGUUAAGUGCAACAGUUUAUCAGUGCAAGCAGUUUUCAGUGUCAAAAAUGUAAACAUUCUAAUGCUUUUUCUGUUUUGUUAUGUUGCACUGCUAGAUUCACCAAAGCACCAUCUGAUCUUCAUGGGGGCUGCCAUGGCUCAGAUGGUAGGGUGGGUCAUCCAAUAACCGAAGGGUUGGUGGUUUGAAUCCCGCUCUGUCCAUGUGCUGUUGUGUCCUUGGACAAGACAGUUCACCCUCCUUGCCUCCAGU